AUGGUGACGGUUUGGGAUUCCGAAGCCGAAACGGUGGUAGUCGAACUCGCCGUGGAAGGCAUGAUGUGUAUGAAAAAUUGUGGUAAAACAGUUCAAAGUGCUUUGUGUAGCGUGGACGGAGUGGUCAAUGCUGUUGUAAACUUUGAGCAGCGCAGCGUGCGAGUAGAGUGCGCAUCAGGUGCAAGCGUGACGGAAAAUGAUUUGGUGGAUGCCAUCGAGGGCGUAGGCUUCGGUGCUGCAGUGAAUAUCUUAGAGUCCGAGAAUGAGAAACAAAGAUCAUUGACAGUCGAGUUACUGAUUGAAGGAAUGAUGUGUCAGAAAAAUUGCGGAUCGACCGUUGAGAAUGCGCUGCAGAGUGUGAAAGGCGUGGCCAACGCCGUCGUGAGUUUUGAGCAGCGCAAAGCCACUGUGACACUUAAACACUUCGGCAGCACGACAUUUGAUGAGCUAGUAGAUAUGGUAGAAUGCGUGGGCUUUAAAGCAAGUGAGUAUGACGCCGCAAAAGCUGCAGCCGUCAAGUUGCAGGCACAGAAGCAAAAACAAUUGGAGACUGAAAAUGUGACUAUAGACGUACCGGAUGCUACAAACCACCCUCGCGCUGUAUUUUAUGUGGAAGGAAUGAGUUGCGCUGCGUGUGUGAAGGCUAUUGAGGAUUAUGUGGGUAAGGUCGAAGGUGUUCUGCACUGUCGUGUGGGACUAAUUAGCCAGAAAGCUGAGAUCGCGUUUGACCGUGACCUGAUCAAGAAUGAGCAGAUUGCACUUCAAAAGCUUAUUCAGAAUGCUGGUUACAAGGCGACAUUCUCACACGUGAUUGAACCUGGAGACGACGAUUCUCUGAAGCUCAAGUUUAUUGUCACGGGUAUGAUUGAUUCCGGCUGUGUAAAUAAGAUUGAAGAGGCCGUGGGCAUGUUGCCUGGUGUGACGAAGGUGCUGGUCGAUUUGAAAUCUAAUAAGACACACGUGCACUUGCAGCAGCUAUCUAAGACUGGGCCGAGAGACGUACUAGAAUUCAUCAAUGGCUUAGGCUAUUCUGCUGAAGUGGCAGUAGAGAGGACAGAUCCAAUUGCGCGAUGCAAGUCGGAGAUUAGUAACUGGCGUAAUCUGCUUACCACAGCCAUGAUUUUCUCUCUUCCUGCAAUGCUCAUUCACAUGGUGUUCAUGUAUAUUCCUCCAGUGGAGAUGAUUUUGAUGACUCCCGUCGUAAACGCAGUAACAGUGAAGCUUUUGCUGCUCUUUUUUCUCGCAACACCUGUGCAAUUUGGCGUUGGUUGGCGGUUCUACGUUGCCACGUGGGAAGGACUUCAGCAUGGCUCGAUGGGAAUGGAUUUCCUAGUCGUGGCCGGCACAAGUAUGUCGUAUACGUACAGUUUUGUAUCUUUGAUUGGUUCAGCAUUACACGAGAACUAUAACGGACAUCACUUUUUCGAGUCAUCAGCAAUGCUGCUUACAUUUGUGACACUCGGCAAGUACAUGGAGUCGAUGGCAAAAGGCAAGACAGCGGAUGCAUUGUCGGAGUUAGCUAAACUGCAACCAAAGACAGCUCUGCUUGUUGUUGGCAACGGUGCACGUGAUCGCGAGAUUCCGAUUGAACUAGUGCAACGUGGUGAUUUAUUACGUAUUCGACCUGGGGCAAACAUCCCGACCGACGGUGUGGUCAAAUCCGGCUCUAGCUCAACGGACGAAUCGAUGUUGACGGGCGAGAGCAUGCCAGUGGCUAAGAAAGAGGGCGAUCAUGUAUUUGGUUCGACGGUAAACCAGCAGGGUACGUUGGUGAUCAAAUCGAGCUGCAUGGGUGUUGAAAGCUCGGCUUUGUCUCAGAUUUGUGCUUUAAUUGAAGAUGCCCAGCUCAACAAAGCUCCAAUCCAAGCAUAUGCAGACUGGUUGGCAUCAAUUUUUGCCCCAUGUGUUCUCGGGAUGUCAGUGAUGACAUUUAUCGUGUGGAUUACUCUACUUUCUGUUGACCUUGUUCCGGCUGAAUAUAAAAUGGAGCUAGGUGUCGACGUGUUGCCAGAUCACUCGGACGAUUUGUACCUCGCAGUGCUCUUUGCCAUUUCGGUCGUAGUGAUCGCGUGCCCGUGUGCUUUGGGCCUGGCUACACCUACUGCUGUCAUGGUCGGCUGUGGGGUCGGUGCAAAACAUGGUGUCUUGAUCAAAGGUGGCCGUGCUCUCGAAACAGCUCGUUACAUUGACACUGUAAUAUUUGACAAAACGGGAACUUUGACUCUGGGACACCCUACUGUCCGGGAUGUUGUGGUAGCCGAUCGGACGUACACCCCUCGUGAGCUGUUAUAUUACGGUGCUUCUUUGGAGUGUGUGAGUGAGCAUGUUCUUGGAAAGGCUAUUGUUGUGACAGCAACGGAAUAUGAGAUGCUUGAACUUCACGAUCCCACAGAAGUACGCAUUGUUCCUGGUCGUGGUGUUGAAGGUGUCGUGGCAGCUAGUCCUGCGACGUCCCGAACGAACUCUGUGAAGGUGCUGGUGGGCAACUUAGAGUACUGUGAGGAGAAAGGCAUUGAAAUUAGCGAGAAGAUGCGUGUCCACAUGCAUAAUUUGGAGCUUGAGGGUAAGACCGUCGUGGUGGUGUGUGUAGAAGACAAGUUGGUAGGUGUAAUCACCUUGGCUGACGCUCCUCGACCAGAAGCCGCAGCUGUUGUGAAGCACUUAAAAUCGAUGGGAUUAGAUGUUUGGUUGAUCACCGGCGACAAUCUACGUACAGCCAAUGCCAUUGCACGUCAAAUAGGUAUCAACCACGUAAAGGCGGUGGCUUUGCCUGGUGAGAAGGCGUCUCAAAUCAAAGCUCUUCAAUCGCAGACAAAUCCGAUAACCAUGAAGCCGCGUGUGAUAUGUAUGGUGGGCGAUGGCAUCAAUGACGCACCGGCUCUAGCUCAGUCGGACAUUGGUAUGGCUAUUGGUGCUGGUACACAAAUAGCCAAGGCAGAGGCUGACAUGGUCUUGGUUAAGAGUGCGUUGACGGAUGUUGUUGUGGCCCUGGACCUAGCUCGCGUUGUGUUUCAUCGGAUCCAAAUUAACUUUUUCUUUUCAAUCAUUUACAACGUCGUUGGCAUCCCACUCGCAGCUGGCAUGUUUUUUCCGCUCAUCCACCGAAUGAUGCCUCCGGCAUGUGCUGGUCUUGCGAUGGCUUUCUCAUCGGUGUCAGUGGUCAUGUCGUCGCUUAUGCUAAAGAAAUAUAAAGGACCACAAAUUUUUCAGACGAAAGCGAUUAAGAUGCAUGAUGAAGAAUCGCAAAAUGUAGACUUCAAGAACUUAAUGCGAAGAAACCUUAGCAAUAUACGCUACGCGCCGUUGACAAAUGUGGAUGAGCAGCUCGCACAAUUUAACGUUCCGGGACAAUAA